GCGUUACAUUUAUAUCAAUUAUAAAUACUGUAUAUACGUUUUAUAUAAUAAUUCUACACAAUAAUUAAAUACAACGGAAAAAUGUUAACAAGAGUUGUGCAAGAAGUAGUUUAUCGCCGUAUUUAUAGCGGCGUGCGAUGUUUCUAUUUCUAUAAGAAUGCCAAAAGUGGUCGGCCUUGCCGGUUCUUUCUUUCGCCCAAUUAUAAUGCAGAUGAGAACGACCACCACGAAGGUUCAAUUCGAUUUCAGUACUCGAGCAACUUUCGCGAGAUAAACACGAUUCUUCCAAUCACCCGCCAAUAUUGUAAUUUUUUACUAAAGUGUCUUCGUACAAUUCGUGCCUUUGGAAAUAUUGCAAGCGACAUCACCACGUCUACAUUUAUGUACCGUAAACAUUUCUUACUUACUAAAUCAGAAGAAGGGCACGCAAUAAUCGCAUAAUCGAAAAUGUAAUAAGAAAUAUACCGAGGACUUGCGUAAUGAGGGAAAGAUACACUCUGCCUGUGCAUAUGUGGAACUGUAUGAAAGACACGCAUGGAAAGAAUUCUGCGGACGCGUUACGACAGUUUAAGAGCUCCGUCGGAGAUUGCGUUCACAGUAAGAGUCAAAUGAUAAUUAAGUUAAAUGGCCAACGAUAAGUAUACGUUAUCGAUUUGGAAUCCGUUAUGAGAGAGAGAGAGAGAGAGAGAGAGAGAGAGAGGGAGAGCGAGAGUUCGGUACACCCGAACUAUGUACCACUCUUCAAUGUACUCUCCAAUGUCGAUAAGCCCGGAGUACGGAAUGCAGGAGAGGCGCGUUCGAUGGCAUCAUUGUGUCAAGAUUUGAAACCGCUGAUUAACAUUCGCUUCUCGAACAAUCUUACUUCGUAUGACUCGCAAUCGUGUCAUGAUCGUAAAAUAAAGAACUUUGAAUGCUGACGCAGUCGACCCUGAUGCUAUGCAGAUCUACGGAUCUUCUUCAGUGCAACUUUGAGAGACACCGCAGUUGAUGGUUAACAAAGCGAAGAAUUACAAAGAUGUGAUACGCAAUAGCAGAAUUGAGUGUCAUACGGUGCGCCACAAUUUGCUGAUUUCUGUUAAUUAAUCACAAAGAUUUAUACGAUCGAGGAUACGUAAAUUGUGUUUGAGGAUCGUUUGCGGUAUAGAUAUCGUAGGUAUUAUAUAUAUCGACGUUGUAUGGAAAAUACGGAGUCACAAUACAUCAAGAUUCUAGAAAGAUUGCAUUAAAUCACGAUGGACACGUAAUCGUAGUAAGUUGUUAAAAUAAAAUGCAAAUAAGUUCUGCCGAUUGAAAGUACGACUACCGAAAAAAUCGUUAGUCACGUAUGUAAAUUGGCAAUCGUUUCUUAAUCAAAAUUAUUCAAGACGAAUGAUCAUAAAGACCUACCUCAAUGCGACUGUCAAGGUUCUAGCUUUCUAAAAAAAGAAACUCCACAACAAAAAGAAUCGUUAUGCAAGAGAUUAAUGGAAUGUAAAUGAUAAAGAGAGCUAUAAAUGGUGUAAUAUAUCCAAAAGAAGCUUGGCGAAGAUUUAUUUCUCGCACGAGAUAAAGAUCGGAUUCACGAUGCUCAAGUCCUGUCUGACGGUCUUGCUUCUGGGGCACGUCGGUGGGAUUCUACCGCCGGCUAUUCUCGAGACGGUGCACCACUUCCUCGCGGGAUUUCCACCGCCGAACGAUCUGGUGCAGGACGAGGACGCGACGCCCGGGCGACAUCACCCAUCUUUCGACUUUCUCGUGAUCGGCGCCGGCUCGGCGGGCUCCGUGCUCGCGAAUCGCCUGACCGAGAAUCCCAAUUGGAACGUCCUGGUGCUCGAACAGGGCAGGGACGAGAUCUUCCUCACGGAUAUCCCCUUUCUGGCAUCGAUUUUCCACAUCACGGACUACGCUCGUGUGUACAAGGGCAAGCCGCGGCCGCAGGACGCCCACGGUCGCGGCGGGUACUGUCUCUCGAUGGUCGACGGCCGUUGCAAGGUGGUGAUCGGCAGGGCGGUCGGUGGCACCUCGGUGGUGAACUUCAUGAUCUACUCGAGAGGCACGCCGGCCGAUUACGACGGCUGGGAGGCGCUCGGGAAUCCCGGUUGGAGCUACAAGGACGUGCUGCCGUAUUUCAUCAAGUCCGAGAGGUGCAGGCUGAUCGAAAAAGACGUAAGGUAUCACGGAUACGACGGUUAUCUGGAUGUCACGACUCCUCCUUACGCCACUCCUCUGAGGGAACGUUUCUUGAAGGCUGGCCAAGAGCUCGGUUACGAUCUGAUAGAUUACAACGGCGAUAGGUUCAUCGGUUUCUCAGCCGUACAAGCGAAUCUGCGAAACGGUCACAGAGUCAGCGCCAACAAGGCUUUCCUCAGGCCAAUUCGCGAUAGAACCAACUUUUACCUGUCCAAGCUCUCGACAGUGACGAAAAUUGUUAUUAAUCCGCAAACAAAGAAAGCCGUGGGCGUCCAAUUCGCGAAGGGCCAUAAAACGUAUUUCGUUUCUGCUACGAAGGAGAUUAUACUUUGCGCAGGUACUUUAAGUUCACCGCAGUUAUUGAUGCUCUCCGGAAUCGGUCCAAGGGAUCAUUUGAAUACAUUGGGCAUCGAUGUGAUUGAGGACCUUCCGGUGGGAUUUAAUUUACAAGAUCACGUGAGCAUGUCGGCUUUAACGUUCCUAGUCAACGAGAGCGUGACCAUUGUCGAGCCACGUUUGGGUUCGAAUCCAGCUAAUUUCAUGAAGUACCUGACAGAAGGAACUGGUCCUUUAACGAUACCCGGCGGCGCCGAAGCGUUAGCUCUUGUUAACACCAAGGCUAAUAAUUAUAUGAAAAAAACGCAGAAGGAAAAGUCAAAGUUUAAAUUCAACCAGCGUGUAAAUACGCACAAGAACAAGUAUGCUGUUCCCAACAUAACGUCUAUCACCGUAAGUCGAAACGUUUUCAACACGUAUUUUCCCGUUAACGUGAGCAAGCUGUCGGAGGACGAAUAUCCCGACGUCGAGUUGGUGUUAGGCGCAAGCUCGUUAGCCGGCGAUAUUUCCGGCAGCUAUCGCGGUCUACUAGGAUUAACGGAAGAAUUUGACAAGGAGGUUUACGGCGAUUACAAGGGCCUCGACAGCUUCAUGAUCGUACCUGUGCUUCUGCAACCCAAGAGUCGCGGUAGACUCACCUUAAGAAGCAACGAUCCGUGGGACCCGCCGAUCGUGGACACCAAUUAUUACGGUCACGCGGAUGAUCUGAAUACAAUGGUGCAAGCUAUAAAGAUCGCGAUCGAAGUAGCUUCCACGAAGGCGUUCAAGCGUUUCAACACCACGCUACUACCGGUACCGUUUCCGGGAUGCAAGCACGUCGCUUUUAAGAGCGACGCAUACUGGGCCUGUAUCGCCCGUCACGUGUCGACGACUCUGGGUCACUACGCGGGCACGUGCAGGAUGAGCAGCCGGAAAAAUUCGGGGGUGGUGAAUCAUAGGCUGCGGGUGCACGGGAUCGACGGGCUCAGGGUCGUGGACGUCAGCGUGAUGCCGACCAUAAUCGCCGGUCACACGAACGCGCCAGCGUACAUGAUCGCCGAGAAGGCCAGCGACAUGAUCAAGGAGGACUGGAAAGGCUCCGCUUCGUGAAACGUGUGGGAAGUGGGAGGAAGUACAAAUGCUACGACGUGUGAAUCGUGGGACGUGUGAUCGUGACGAGGAAGGAAUCCCUUUUGGAUUCUCUUCUUUUGCAGGGGCAAUAGAAAGAACAUUGGUGGCUGUGCGCCAUAAAUUCUUGAAACUUUAAAGAGACAAGAUUAAAGAGAAAAAUAUGUCUACAGAGCAUGAAAUAUAUCUUGUUUGUUAUUUUCAAAAUAUUUUUAAUUAACUGAUUUUAAAUUAAAUUAAAUUUGAAAAAUAUUUCGUGAACAUUUGUA